CUGUGAGGGAGGUGUCCGCAGCAGCUCACGGGGCCCACGGUGUGGCCGGUGCUGAGGUGAAUGUAGAGAUAGGCGUUUUUUGAGGAAGAUGAUCGGGAGGAGGAGGAGGGCGGGGGAGGAGAAGCGAGAGGAGAGAGGAUGGAGAGAGAGUGGGACCCGGAUGCUGAUGCGAGUGAGACGAAGGAAGGAAGAGGAGAGAGAAAAUAUCGAUUUACGGCAAGAAAACCGAAGGGAGUAUCAUACAGGGGGCCUUUACCCUGCACUAUUAUCAGAAGUGAGGAGAGGAACAAGGCAGUCGAUAAUAGUGCGGGUUGAUCUGCGGAUAUCUGUGUUUUUUUACCUGUGUAUCCGCCGGUGAGGGAGGAGGGCACGCCAAAGGAGAGAGGAGAAGAUGCUGUGAUCCGCUACUUGCAGGGAUGUAGAGAGGGAGAGACGGGGAGAGAUAGGGAGGGGGAGGACUACGCUACGCUAAAGAUGGUUGUUUCGCGAGGAAAUAUUGUGAGAGUGCGGCGGCCGUCUGAUAAAUCUUACCGUUUGGCGAUGCCUAGAAACUUCAGGAGGUGUCGGUUUUUUUGACAGGCGGCGCGAGCGAGACGGCCGUUGGUCAAGGCGUUGAAGCUAAGCUAGCCUCGCUGCUGUGUGGGAGAGUGGCUGCGAGGCUAAAAUAGCAUGUUGUUGCACCUGUAAAACAGGCCUGACUGAGAGAAUUAAAUUGAUUUAAUUUUCAGUGCUAACAUCCACUUGACGUAUUUGACGUUUUGUUGGUGGACUCAACCAGCAAAUGACAUAAAUAUUUGAAGCAGACGUGAAAAAACUUGAUUGUUCUAAGGCUAUAUAACGUUAACGUUACUCUGCGAUGAUUUUCUUAUUAACCGUCAUAUAUAGUUAACGUCAUACAUGUAACACGGUGCAAGUUAUACAAAUAAGCUAAUGUACAGAAGUAAACCUCAUUAGUUUGCCUACCUUGCCAUGUUUAUCUUUAGGGUAGUGGUCAGUAUUUAGCGCAUAAAACAGCCUAGUAACUUAUUGUCAUCUCAGUUUCUCUGCUUUAAUCUACCACUAGCAAGCUGUUUUGUUAAAUAUCAAUGUUAUACAUGUUUACCUUGCUUCUGUACAAAAAGGCAAAAGUAUUUAGCUGUUUAUUAACCAGGUUUAGAUGAAGAAUGCUCAUUUAUCAUCCAGAUGUUGUAAAUCAGCACCAGUUUGACUUGUGCAUUUUUUACACGUUCACCCAGUAACUUCAGAGUAGCAGUGUUAUCACUGAAAUAAAAGGUAGUCCUUCUAAGUUAAGCACCAUCUUGUAUCCCACAGUAACGUCUGUAUAAGCUGUAUAAUAUCACAGUAAUUGCAAUAACCACAGUGCAGUAGUAGUAGUAGUAGUAGUAGUAGUAGUAGUAGUAUAAUAGCCUCCAGUAAGAGCAGUAUGAGUAAGGAACUGUCUCUAAGUCAGUCAGCUCAAUAUGUUGGGCCCUACCGACUGGAAAAAACACUGGGGAAGGGGCAGACGGGACUGGUCAAGCUCGGGGUCCAUUGUAUUACGAGCCAGAAGGUAGCCAUCAAAAUAGUCAACAGAGAGAAGCUGUCUGAGUCAGUCCUGAUGAAGGUUGAGAGGGAGAUUGCCAUUCUGAAACUGAUUGAACAUCCGCAUGUGUUGAAGCUGCAUGAUGUUUACGAGAAUAACAAAUAUCUGUACCUGGUGUUGGAGCAUGUGUCAGGAGGAGAGUUGUUUGACUACCUGGUGAAGAAGGGCCGGCUGACUCCGAAAGAGGCCAGGAAGUUCUUCAGGCAGAUCAUCUCUGCUUUGGAUUUCUGCCACAGUCAUUCCAUCUGUCACAGAGAUCUGAAGCCUGAGAACUUGCUCCUCGAUGAAAAGAACAACAUCCGUAUCGCUGACUUUGGCAUGGCCUCCCUACAGGUGGGAGACAGUCUGUUAGAGACCAGCUGUGGAUCACCACAUUAUGCUUGCCCUGAAGUUAUACGGGGGGAGAAAUAUGAUGGGCGGAGAGCAGAUGUGUGGAGCUGUGGGGUCAUCCUUUUUGCUCUACUGGUGGGUGCCCUGCCUUUUGAUCAUGACAAUUUACGCCAGCUCCUGGAGAAGGUGAAGAGCGGGGUGUUCCACAUGCCCCACUUCAUCCCCCCGGACUGCCAGUCCCUGCUCAAGGGCAUGAUUGAGGUCAACCCUGAAAAGAGGCUCACGCUAGAGGCCAUCCAGAAACAUGCCUGGUAUCUGGGUGGUCGUAAUGAGCCGUGUCCUGAGCAGCCUCCUCCCAGGCGAGUGUGUGUGAGGCGAAUCUUGUCCCUGACUGAGCUGGACCCAGAUGUGUUGGACAGCAUGCACUCGCUGGGUUGUUUCCGAGACAGAGUCAAGCUCACACGUGAUUUGCAAUGUGAAGAAGAAAACCAGGAGAAGAUGAUCUAUUAUCUACUGCUGGACAGGAAAGAGCGCUACCCCAGUUAUGAGGAUGAGGACUUGCCUCCGCGCAAUGACGUAGACCCUCCUCGAAAGCGCGUUGACUCUCCUAUGCUGACGCGCCACGGCCGCUGCCGCCCAGAGAGGAAAAGCCUGGAGGUGCUGAGUGUUACCGAACAGGGGUCUCCUACCCCGCCUCGCAGGGCUCUGGACACAGCUGCACACAGCCAGAGGUCUCGCUCAGUCAGUGGAGCAUCAACUGGUCUCUCCUCCAGCCCUCUCAGCAGUCCCAGGUCCUAUCAGAGCCCCGUCUUCACUUUCAGCCAAUCUGACGUCACCUCUGCCACCGCUACCCCCCUCACAAAGGAGCCCAAACAGGGAAGCAUCACUACUCCUCGCUCAGCACGGGCUCAUGACAAGCCCAAAGCUCCCCCCAACCCAAAGACCCAGACUCUGCCCACCAAGGGACCUGCCGACCGACCCCAUCUACAGCCCAUCAAAUCCUUGCCUCUGCACAACCCAUCCUCCCGCUCACCCUCCCCUUCUCCGCUCCUGUCACCCAUCCCCCGUUUCUUCUUCCCCUCGUCCUCUGUCCUAAAGUCAGUGACUAAGAGCUUCUACCCAAACUCUGCCCACUCUGUGCCGCAGGUCACUCCCCAGGGCUCUCCGUUGCCCACACCCUUGGGUACCCCUGUCCACCACCCUCACCACCCCUCCUCCACCCCGCCCUCCUCUUCCUCAUCCUCGUCCUCGUCGCGGGCGGAGGGAGGGGGAGGGGUGGGCUCGCUGUCUCUGACCCCACCCUCCAGCCCAGGAGGGGGAAGCGGCAUGGCGGCCAGCAGCUCUGCCCACUGGAGGACUCGCCUCAAUUCUUUCAAGAACAACCUGCUAGGCUCACCCCGUUUCCAUCGUCGUAAACUGCAAGUUCCCACAUCAGAAGACAUGUCCAGUCUAACACCAGAAUCCAGCCCUGAGCUGGCUAAGAAAUCGUGGUUUGGGAACUUCAUUGGCUUGGAGAAAGAGGAGCAGAUCUUUGUGGUGAUCAGAGACAAACCUCUGAGUUCUGUCAAAGCCGACAUCGUCCACGCCUUCCUGUCUAUCCCAUCACUCAGUCACAGCGUCCUCUCCCAGACCAGCUUUCGGGCCGAGUACAAGUCCUCCGGCGGCCCCUCCGUCUUCCAGAAGCCCGUCAAAUUCCAGGUGGACAUUGCUUUCUCCGAGGGCGAGAGAGAGCGAGACAGGGAGAGGACCGAGAGGGAGGGCAGGAGGGAGACAGGAAUCUACAGCGUGACGUUCACCCUCAUAUCAGGUCCGAGUCGCAGGUUCAGACGAGUGGUGGAAACGAUUCAAGCUCAGCUUCUCAGUUCCCAUGAUCAACCCAUGGUGCAAGCCCUAUCUGAUCCCUUCCCAGAUGAGAAGAACGGCCGGCCCCAUGGGACCCCCACCCGCCAAAACUCGAGGCGCUCAGAGGGUGGGGGUGACAGGUGUGAGUGGGGCGACCGAGCAGAUGGUGGAGGCAUAGGAGGCAGCGGGGGAGUUCUGCAGCGCAGAGGCUCGGCGAAAGAGAGAACCCGACUGCUGUCCUCCAAUGGAACCCAAUCCCAACCGUAGGAUAGAAAGUGAGACCAUGCAGCAGGAUGCCUGAACUACACCGGAAAGAAGACAGUAUAACUUCAUCUCCAAGUAUCCCUGCAAGCCAUGAGCUACUCCUAUUCUUCCUUGACUACAUUAUUGAAGGUGCUCGACCAUAGCAAGGAUUGAGCCUUUUCCCCAUCAUACUUUUUUUUUCCAACUCGACAUUCUUUCAGUCUUUUGGAUCACCAAGGAUUCUUACCCUUAAAUGAGUGUUAAGGAAUCACCCUUUAAUGAAAAAAAUAAUUUGUGAAUGAGCAGUUUGGUAUCCAUUAUAGAUACAGCUUCACAGAUCAAACUAGGAAUUUUGAAGUGCUAAUGUGCAUGCCAGUUAGCAAAUCAGCCUGCUAAAGGAUGCUGAAAUGAUCAGAUAGGCUAGUCUACCAUAUCAUUGUAGUACAGUAUCUGACACCAAAAAGAAAUACCAGUCUUGUGAUGGUUCUCAAGAUUACUCUUAAAAUUAACUAGUACGCUCAUAUCAUUAUCAAGCAACAUGCAAUUGCCCAUCCAUACUGAAAGAAAUAUAGAUGUAUCUCGGCAGAUGAAAGCGUUAGCAACCUGCUACCACUUCAGUGAGUGGUGAUGAGCUGAACAAAAGGUCCUAAUUUUCUCAGGAGAAACUACAUCCUGGAAUUCCAGCAGUGUCUUCUCCUGAGGUAAAGAAAACCAACAAAGUAAGCUAAGUAAGUGAAUGUGAAAAAAUAUUUUUUUAUUUAUUUUAUUUAUGUUUACAUAUUUUUUUUGAGGAUGUCAGUAGCAGAGUGAUAGCAGUAAAGACAGUUACUGAAAACACUCUACAGUGUUGGAGAGGGGAAGCUGACCAGUUGCUUUUUAGCAGGCAUCUGUUUGAAGUUAAAUGUUUUGAUUCUUUUGUAUUUUCUUUUUACUCAGAGACAAUAUGACACAAUGCAUCUAAGAUUUUCGCAUUGGACCCCUGUUGCUCUGAAGAAAAGUAUUUUUGAUUUGAACAGAAAUAUGAACAUUACUAUAUGAAAAAAAAAAAACACUAUGCGUGAAUAGUUCCAUGAACCUCAUCACAGCUGUUUGUACCCAGAAUGAGAAGAGCAUUCCUGGCCUGUGGAUCAAACAGAAGCCACCUUUCUUGUUGAGCUUGUCUCCUAUUGCCAUCGUAUUCACCUACUGACUCAGAACAAAAUAAAAAAAACAAAAAAACACAAAGGAAAUUCAUCAAUGGACAUUUUCAUAAUGCCGGACUAAAAAGGCUUGCGAUGUCAAUUCCUUGUUGAACAGGCCUCCAAAUUUGGAAGCAAGCAAAGAGUCUCCUAACCCCUUGCUUCUCACUUCAGUGUUCACCAACAAGCCAAGUAGUCCAUCACUGCACCCACGCUCAUCCCUGAGAGUCGCACCAUUCUGCAAGCAGACGUAGCAUCUCGGACAGUCAUGUAUUACUCCAGCACUCUAUCAGACUAGUCGAUGUUCAUCACCAGUCUUCCAUACAGCACAAUAUGCAACAAAAGUGCAGAAUGUUUUCAGAGAGAUACAUGCUACAGUUCUGUUUAUUUUACUGGUAUUUUGUUUUUGUUUUUAUAUUUGUCCACUUAACUAUCCAUUUAUUUAUUUAUUUAUAUUUAUUUAUGUAUUUAUUUGGUCACGUGGUUGUUUGUGUAAUGUAUUCAUUUACAAUCUAGAUUUGCCAACAAAAAUAUAUCGAGCCAAUUCAAGAAACUUGUUCUAUUUCAUUUCUCAUUACCACUUUUUUAGCGCUUCGUUCCACACAAAAGAACGACUUUGAUAGCAGUACUGACAAGUUGCUGUCAUCUUACUUCUCUAAUGAUCUUUGUUUAUAUCUCACAUCUGUUUUAUCAUGCUUAUCUCUGGUAACUGGAAUGUGUGUGUGUGAUUCGGGUGGAUGAUGGGUGAGUGAGCUGAAAACUUUGCCGCAGAUGCAUUUUGAGCUGAUUACAUACGGAGAUUUCGACUGACCCAGGAAUAUGAAAUUAAUGACCAUAACCAAACCCUAACAGGCAUAUAAUUUCUCUCACACACAUUGAAUGCUUGCUAAUUGGCCUCAUCGCUUGCUUUUAUGCCUUCCCCCUUUGACCUGUCUGUCUGCCUCCUCACCUGUUGCGUAGCCAUUAUCACAAGAGAAACUGUACAAAGUUGUUUGCCUCACUGUCCGUACACACUCUUUGAUUGCUCACCAUCACCAGUUUCAUCUUUCUCAUCACCACAUCACCUUCACUUUCAUUGACCCAAUUCUGGCUAAGAUUGUAAACUAUUCUCCAUUCAUAAGGGUCAGUAGAAUAAGGUGUUUAAAAAAAGAAAUGUCUGUAUCAUAAUUUAAAUAUAAAAGUGCACUAUUAUAACUAUUGCCUGUGAUAAAAAGAACAAUUAUGAUUGAAGUGAUGGUCAAAAUAAAGAGAGAUCCACCUUAUUGUUAUGGUUACAAUAAUAAACCCUAAAUUCA